UGACUCUCCCCGACAGACACUUGGUAUAAAAUGAAGGAACUUGGUCAUAUAGGAGACGCAUUAUUUAGUUGGAUUUUAAUUUUGAACUCACCUCAAGAGUUCAAAGCUUGUCAAAUGGUCUGAUUGUUGCCCGUACGGUGAGACGUCGCUGUCGGUUUCCCUCUAUUCCAAGCACCACGCUUUUCAACCAGCAGUACCGAGCUCACUAUGGCCGGGGACGGCUCCGAUCAGCGGGCGCUACAGUAUGAACAGACUCUGAUGUAUGGGCGCUACACCCAGGAGCUGGGGGUGUACGCCAAAGAAGAGGCAGCUCGACUGAGAGAGAGUGGGCAGAGGCGUUCGGUCAGUGAGCGAAGUCGAAACUUGGACCUGCUGGAAUACGACAAAGGACGCUGUGCCAAGUGUCGCAGGUCAGGAUAUCCAUAUGUUCUUGAUCCACCAGCCCAGGACUUUAUUUCUGUUUGCACUGUUCGCUGCCAGAAAUUCCUGAUCUCACGGGUUGGAGAGGACUGGAUUUUCCUUAUUCUUCUGGGGCUCCUCAUGGCAUUGGUCAGUUGGGUGGUGGAUUUCUGUAUUGCCAUUUGUCUUCAAGCACAGAAGUGGAUGUAUGGUGGCCUGGACAGUAAUGUUUUCUUGCAGUAUCUGGCCUGGGUCACAUACCCAGUAGUCCUCAUCACGUUCUCAGCAGGCUUCACGCAGAUUCUUGCUCCACAGGCUGUCGGCUCAGGUAUUCCAGAGAUGAAGACCAUCUUGCGAGGAGUGGUGCUGAAGGAAUACCUCACCUUCAAAACCUUCGUGGCCAAAGUCAUUGGCCUUACCUGUGCCUUAGGUAGUGGAAUGCCGCUGGGGAAGGAGGGUCCAUUUGUCCACAUUGCCAGUUUGUGUGCAGCUCUCCUCAGCAAAUUCAUGUCUCUAUUUGGAGGAAUUUAUGAGAACGAGUCAAGAAACAUUGAGAUGCUGGCAGGAGCCUGUGCAGUUGGAGUAGGUUGCUGUUUUGCAGCCCCAAUAGGAGGUGUCUUGUUCAGUAUUGAAGUAACAUCCACAUUUUUUGCGGUGAGGAACUAUUGGAGAGGUUUCUUUGCUGCUACCUUCAGUGCCUUCAUCUUCAGAGUGCUUGCUGUUUGGAACAGAGACGAAGAGACCAUCACAGCUCUUUUUAAGACUAGAUUCCGGCUAGAUUUCCCAUUUGACCUCCAGGAGCUACCUGCUUUUGCUGUCAUUGGUAUUGCAAGUGGUUUUGGUGGAGCUUUGUUCGUUUACCUCAACCGACUCAUUGUCCAGUUCAUCAGGAAUCAAAAGGCCAUCAACAGAUUUCUUAUGAAAAAACGUCUUCUGUAUCCAGCACUGGUAACUCUAUUAGUUUCCACGCUCACAUUCCCCCCUGGCUUUGGACAGUUCAUGGCUGGCAAGCUCACCCAGAAGGAAUCGCUGGUGACAUUGCUUGACAACCGCACAUGGGCCAAACAAGGCAUUGCAGAAGAGUUUGAUUACAUCGGACACUCCCAGGCCUGGCAACAUCCGCAGGUCAACGUCUUUGUCACACUGGUUAUCUUCAUAGUCAUGAAGUUCUGGAUGUCUGCCUUGGCCACAACUAUUCCAGUACCCUGUGGGGCCUUCAUGCCAGUAUUUGUUAUAGGUGCAGCAUUUGGUCGUCUGGUUGGCGAAAGCAUGGCUGCCUGGUUCCCAGAUGGAAUUAACACAGAUGGAACCAUCUAUCCAAUUGUACCAGGAGGAUAUGCGGUUGUUGGUGCAGCAGCAUUGUCUGGAGCGGUCACCCAUACAGUUUCCACUGCAGUGAUUGUGUUCGAGCUGACAGGGCAGAUCUCUCACAUCCUGCCUGUGAUGAUAGCAGUGAUCCUCGCCAACGCAGUGGCACAAUCUCUGCAGCCCUCCCUCUACGACUCCAUCAUCCGGAUCAAGAAGCUGCCCUAUCUCCCAGAGCUGGGAUGGGGACACCACGAGAAAUACAAUAUUCGUGUGGAGGACAUUAUGGUAAGGGACGUGCGCUACAUUACACUCAGUUGCUGCUACAGAGACCUGCAUAAUGUCCUGUUGACGGGUCACCUCAAAACUCUGGCGCUGGUGGAAUCAGCUGCAUCCAUGAUUCUCCUGGGCUCCAUUGAGCGCUCUCAGCUCCAAGCGUUGCUCUCACUGCAGUUAGGACGCUCUCGUCGCCUGGAGUUCAUCAGAGAGCGAGCAGCAGCAGAGAAGAAGCGCCUGUCUAUCGUCUCUAACUCGGACUGUGAGGAUAACCACCAGCGAGCAAGUCAGGAAGUCCGCUUUCAGAUAUCUACUGAAGAAUCAUCAUUCAGUCCCACUCGUCCAGUUCCUCAGAAGCCCUUGAAACCUGCUUUAAAAAGACCCUCAGUUGUGGAGCGUCCCACUGAUAUCCCAAUUGGUUCACAGGAUCAUUCAAACAACUCUAGUCUAAAGAACUUGUUUUGCGCAAGUACGGAUGCAGAACUCAUGGAGGAUGAUGACGAUGUGGAAGAUGAUAUGACUAUCAGAGAGAUUGCUGAAUGGGAAGAGAUGCAGCUUGACGAGCAGGUCAACUUUAACAACUGCAAGAUCGACCCGGCACCAUUCCAGCUUGUGGAGCGCACAUCACUACAUAAGACACACACCAUCUUUUCCCUGCUGGGCCUUGACCACGCCUAUGUCACGAGUAUCGGACGCCUCAUUGGAGUGGUUUCCCUUAAAGAGCUUCGAAAAGCCAUCGAGGGCUCUGUGACAGUGAAAGGCGUGAAGGUGCGCCCGCCGCUGGCCAGCUUUCGAGAGAGCGGCACCAGCAGCAGUGAGAAUGAGGCCACCGAGCUCCACAAGCUGUGGGAUCGCCAAAAGAGCACAUCGCUGCCCGGUGAAUGCACCCCGUCAGAGUCUGACGAAAAAUCCCAGUGAUGCCCAGAACAGAUGGAGGAAGCGUCAAAGGGGGGCGCCCUGAGGUCCGUAAUCCCCUAAUUCCUCAAAGCCUCGGAUCAAUAUUUAAAAUGGAAACAAAUUUUACUACUUCAUCGUUGUCCUCUUUUCUUACCCUACUGCACUGGUGCCAUAAACUCUACAAGAACUUUGCAAUGUCCAUUCCAGACACUCCACAGGGAAGCAGGACACAUCACAACUAUUUUCCCUGCUCAGUGCCAACCACACAUAGUAAACUUUCAAAAAAGGGAUGUUCUCAUGAAGACAUUGUUUAGUGAACCAGCCUUUCAUUUGGUCUUCCACUGUAUAUACUGUAAGUUUGGUGAAAAAUGAUUAUCAUUAAUGUUUUGUGUAGGAAGGCAGACAUGUAUUUUGCUAUUGUCUCAUGGAUACGGUUUUAAUAGGCACUACUUUUUUGUGUAUGAUGGCACUAUUUUUCGGACCAGAAAGGUGUAUCUUGGGUGUUCUCGACAUUUCAACGUUAUGAACGGCGCAUUAGCCAGCAGCCAUUUGAAUAAUGUACACUACUUUGCUACUUUGCAUAGACGUAUGGUGUACAUGCACACACAUGACUGUGGCAUUGCUCUCAAGGCUUUUUUUCCCUCAUCUAAAUAUAGCGCUUACCGAUCAGAGAAGGUUGAGAGGGUGGUAAUGGAAAGAAGUGAGCAAGCAAGAGAGCAAAACAAGUUUCAGGAAGUGAAUGGAUGGCGGUAAGAUGGGAGUUAUCAUUAUACAACCAGCUGCUCUAUGCCUUCUCAUCCAUCUGCCUUUGGUAGCCAUAUUACCUAAUUUCCAUUACUUUAGAAGCACAACUGCACAUUACCUAAAAAUAGAGCAAUUCAGAUCAUUGAAUAUCAUCGAGGUAGAGACCAUAAAUGAAAUCAAUAAGUAACCAAUAGAAAGAUUUUUUUAAUAAUUACCUUUCACUGCCACUAAAUUAUUUCUCAAACUGUCAUCAGCAAAGCUUGACAGGUGAAAUUUGAGCUAUCGUUGCUUUAAUGGCAGCAUGGUUUCCUAGUCAGCAAUCAGUCUGACAUGGCAGACAAUAAGUAAUGUGUAUUUAAUAUUUAAUGUGAGCUAAAUGGAAAGAAAAACACUGAUUUGUCUUCCCUCUUCCAUGGGAAUGAUGUCCACGGCGACAUACAGAAUUUUCUUUUUGUCCACAGUCGUGGCCUACAUCUUUGUCGUUAUAACAAAGCUUUGCACUGGUUUUAUUCAUUAUGGCGAUGAAAGGUAAAACACAAUGAGAAUGGAUCUGCAUUAGAUAAAAUAAACGUAUUUGAUUGGAAUAUGCCUUCCAUCCACCGAGCUUUAUUCCUAGUCCAAUGUUUUUAAAGAAAGUGCAGCUCCCUAAAAUUGUAACAUUUUCUCGUGACUACAAUCAUAAUUUAAUGCCUUCACUUAACCAAUCCUUGAUAUUGGACUCUUCCCAAGAGAGUUGGUGGAUUUUUUUGUUAAUAUUGAGAUGUGGAUAAUUAUUUUAUUAUUCUGUCUUUUAUUGUACUGUCUGAAAUGUUUUAACUUUUUCCUGCACAAACAUACCUGUUGUAGUAGAUCGAAUGAAGCCAAUGUCAUGGUAAUGGUAGUGUCAUGUUCAAUAUUCACGAUGCCAGGAGAAGCACAUGUCAAAGGGACCAGCAGCAUGAUUGGUGUGUUGGUGAUCUCAUAGCAAUUGGUUGUGGAAUAGUGGAAGGGUUACACACAUGGUACUAUACUUCACACGCGGGGCAAAUUGUCCGAGCGUGCUGAGAAAAAAUACAAAAAACAAAAAACAGGGUCAUGAUUGCCCACCAUAGGGACUAAAAGAGAUCUAAUAGCAGGCUUUUUUAAAAAAAUUUUGUGCCAAACAUUGCGUUAUUCUCUGGAUUGUCUGCCUUACCCUUAGCAAUAUUUCACUACUCUUCUUUAAUGAACACAAAUAUAGAUGCAUAUAUAUUAGACAGGGGUAAUCAGUCCGUCGCUGGUGAUUUUUUUUUUUUUCUUUCCUCACGAAUGAUUUACAUGUUAAUAAUCAAAUUGUGCAAUAACUGUUGUUCAUCUCAUGUAACCCUGUUUUGAUUGAUUACAUGAAUACGAAGAUAACCUUAUUUUUGUAAAGAAACCCAAAGAAAUAAAAUGUUAAAAAAAAUGUAUAUUUGGAGUAGGCCACAAACCACUUUGUUUCCCCAAACCUAAUAGCAGUAAUAGUGUCGGUAAAAUCAGUACAUAAGACUGAUCUUUACGGAGCUAUGUACCUGGAUAAGAUUGGUGGCCAAAAAUGGUACUGCCACUAAUUAUUGAAGAGCUCAACCUUUGGGCUGCCAGAUGAGAGCUUCGCAAUGGAAAAUUAAGUUGCGUUAUGAUUCCAUAGUUGCAUUACAAUCAGAAAAGACAGAGGUUAACAAAUUACUAACGUUAGCAAUUAUCAUACAGCAUGUGUAGUCUACAACCUAUGUCUACGACAUACCGAAAAUUAAAUGAGUGCAUGCUAGAGUCUUCAAACAUAUACAGUGGGGCAAAUAUGUAUUUAAUCAAUGACUAAUUGUGCAAGUUC